CGCGGAGUGAUGACGUGUUUCCGCUCAGUGUGCGGCGUUGGACGCGUUUAUUGAUCAGUGACAAAUGUGAACAUUUCAGAUCGAUUCAAGUGAUUGAGGUGAAACAGAAAGUCUGCAGUCAUGGGGCGACGCUCCACCUCCUCCACCAAGAGUGGGAAAUUUAUGAACCCCACCGAUCAGGCCAGGAAGGAGGCGCGCAAGAGAGAGCUGAAGAAGAAUAAGAAGCAGAGGAUGAUGGUUCGAGCGGCGGUGCUGAAGAUGAAGGAUCCGCGUCAGAUCAUCAGAGACAUGGAGAAACUUGAUGAGAUAGAGUUCAACCCGGUGCAGCAGCCGCUGUUGAAUGAGAAAGUUCUGCGUGACAAACGUAAGAAACUGCGCGAGACGUUUGAGCGGAUCGUCCGUCUGUACGAGCGGGAGAAUCCAGAGACAUAUAAAGAGCUUCGAAAGCUGGAGGUGGAUUACGAAACCAAACGAGGACAGCUGGCACUCUACUUCCACUCAGUCAAGAACGCUGAGUCUGUGGAGGUUGACAGUAUCCCUCUUCCUGACAUGCCACACGCUCCAUCCAGCAUCUUAAUCCAGGACAUCCCGCUGCCUGGAGCUCAACCGCCAUCGAUACUGAAGAAGAGCUCUGCACUCGGGAAAGGGUCUGCGCUGUCCUCAGCUGCUCUCGCUGGAGUUCCUCGUCUGCCACCUGGACGAAAACCUCCAGGACCCCCGCCAGGACCCCCGCCUCCACAAAUACUGCUGCUGUAUGGAAACGCACGGCGAGCAGAGGGCGGUGCCGGUUCAGAUACUGAAAUGUUUGACGCUGGCGGGCGAGACACUGACAGCGAGAGCGACGCAGACGACGACAGCGACUCGCAGGAUGACAGCGGCGGAGAAAGAGACGACACAGACGCUGACAUGAGAAUGACGAGUGAUCGCCAUGACGACCUAGAGGACGAGAGAGCCGAUAAACACACAGGUCGCAGUGUGCGGUUUGCUGACAUGCCUCCACCUGGAGAGAAGAGGAAGAAGAGGGCGAUGAAGAAGACCAAGACCAUCACACCACUGCAGGCCAUGAUGCUGAGGAUGGCAGGUCAGUCAGUGCCUGAGGAAGAGGAUGAGGAUGAAGAGGAGUUCACAGACUCUGAGGAUUCAGAUGAUGAUGAUGAUGAUGAUGGUGUAACUGCUGAAGCUGCUCACUCAUUGGCCAAUGCCAGACUUCCUGCUCCAUCUGCACCAAUGGCAGCUCAGCAGCCUCCACACAUGCAGGCUCCACCAAUCACAGGGCCUCCUCCUUUAGGACCACCUCCUGCCCCUCCAAUGAGGCCACCAGGACCACCAUCUGGGCCGCCUCCAGGACCGCCUCCUGGUGCUCCUCCGUUCAUGAGGCCUCCAGGGCUGCCAGCCGCUCUCAGGGGUCCGAUACCGCGCAUGCUGCCUCCGGGACCCCCGCCGGGCCGACCGCCAGGACCUCCUCCCGGACCGCCGCCAGGUCUGCCCCCUGGACCUCCUCCCAGAGGACCCCCACCCCGCCUGCCCCCUCCAGCUCCUCCAGGAAUGCCUCCACCCCCCCCUCCUCCCCGUGCCGGACCCCCCCGCAUGGCCCCCCCACUCUCUCUCUUCCCUCCACCGCUCAACCCCAAUGUGCUGAGUGCCCCGCCCAGCAUCGUCACGCGUCAGAAGCCUUUGGCGGCGUCCAUCUCCGGCGACAGCUCUCAGAACGCGUCCGCACGUACUUCCACACUGCAGCUGCCCCCGCCCCCUGGCACCGCUCCCCUGCUCGCCCCCACCAUCGAGAAACGUGCCAACAUCUCCGCCCCUGCGGCACAGCCAGGCGGCGCCACCAUCUCCGCCAAACCUCAGAUCAUCAACCCCAAGACGGAGGUGACCCGCUUUGUUCCCACGGCGCUCCGCGUGCGCAGAGACCGCACUGGCACGAUGGAGAGAAUGGGCGGCAGGAGAGAGGACGAGCGUGAGCAGCCCAAACAAGUAUCUAUAAACCCGUCCCAGCCCGCUGGCAUUGCCGCGCACAACAUGAAGACUAAAGACCAGAUGUACGAGGCCUUCAUGAGGGAGAUGGAGGGGCUGCUGUGACCACUCCUUUUAAUUAGUAAACAAAAUCUUCUGCGACACGUUUGGUUGAAGGUUAUUGGCGCUCUUAUUUGCAUUAUUUUAUACGUUUCCUUUUAGCAGCUGCGUGUUUGUUACUGUCACAUAUAAUAAUGUUUCAUCUUUAAACAUGAUUAAACCUCAAACCUCAAACUCCUGCUGCUCUCAUUAAUCAUUUAGUUGUAAUAAAUGCUGCUUUCAUUUAUAAUCUUAAUUAUAUUUCAAUACUCCGAUAUUCACUUCCAACUUUAAUCUGUUUUCAUCUGAAAUGUCAGAUCUGGCAACACUAUAUUUCACCCAUCCCUUUAGCACAGCGUACGGUCACUUAAAAUAAUAUUUUAAGUUAUAACCAGUUAACAUUUGGAAAGGAGGCUGCAGAACUUCUGAACCGGAACAUAAAAAUGUGUUUUUGCUCAGAACGAACUAAAUUAAAAACGUUCAUCUUUAUUCACUGCUCAAACAUUAUUCUAACACAUUUGAAUGUGUAACGGUAGCCAGCUGGGGUGUGAUUGGUGUGUGAAAACCUCACUCCUCUGGCCUCAAGAGGUGCAUUAGCCUCCUCAUUAGCUCCCCAUCUCCCAUGCUGGAGACCCCGGUUCAAAUGACGCUUGGGUUGAGCAGGACCGGUUACAGUGGUGCCGUGACCCAGAUAGGAGUGUGGUUUAGCGACUGACACUAGAGGCUGUAGCUAUUAAUCUCCUCAUUAGCUCCCCAUCUCCCAUGCU